AUGAGUGCGAGAACCUCAGGGACUCACCAGCUCAGCCCCCAAAUCUUCAGAGGUUCACAGACUUCUGUCUGGGGCGUCUCCUACUCGGAGGGCACCUGGGUUCAUGAAAACUCCAGCGGACUCUCCUGGGAAAGAGACCAUGCCCCCGCCAAGUCUCCUUCCAACCUCUCCCGGACCGCGGGCGUGAAUCAGAGCGGUUUCGUUCCAGAGGUCUCGGAAAGGGAUUUCCUACCCGCCCCGGACGGGACCACUGCGGAGUUCGUGAUCCGCUGUGUGAUCCCGUCCCUCUACCUGCUCAUCAUCACAGUGGGCUUGCUGGGCAACAUCAUGCUGGUGAAGACCUUCAUCACCAACAGCGCCAUAGUCCCCAGCAUCUUCAUCUCUAACCUGGCCGUUGGGGACGUGCUGCUGCUGAUCACCUGAGUCCCUGUGGAUGCAUCCUGCUACUUCUUUGACGAGUGGAUAUUCGGGAAGGUGGGCUGCAAACUCAUGCAGGUGAUCCAGCUCACCUCCGUGGGGGUGUCCGUGUUCACUCUCACUGCCCUCAGCGCCCACAGGUACAGAGCCACUGUAAACCCCAUGGAUAUCCAGACAUCAGGAGAGGUGCUGUGGACCUGUGUGAAGGCCAUGGGUAUCUGGGUGGUCUCGGUGCUGUUGGCUGUUCCAGAAGCCGUGUUUUCCCAAGUGGCACACAUCGGUGACUUGGAUAACGGCAGCUUCACGGCACGUAUACCCUAGCCUCAGACUGAUGAAUUACAUCCAAAGAUUCAUUCAGUGCUCCUCUUCUUGGUCUACUUCCUUAUACCACUUGUUAUUAUCAGUAUUUAUUAUUAUCAUAUUGCAAGGAUAAUUAAAAGUGCACAUAAUCUUCUGGGAGAAUACAAUGAACAUACCAAAAAACAGAUGGAAACACGGAAAGGCCUGGCCAAAAUUGUGCUGGUCUUCGUGUGCUGCUUUGUCUUCUGCUGGUUUCCAAAUCACAUCCUUUACAUGUAUAGGUCUUUCAACUAUAAUGAGAUUGACCCAUCUCUAGGCCACGUGAUUGUCACCUUAGUGGCCUGGGUUCUGAGCUUUUGCAGUUCUUGUGUCAAUCCAUUUACUCUUUAUCUGCUCAGCGAAAGCUGCAGGAGGCACUUCAAUAGCCAGCUCUGUUGUGGAAGGAAGUCCUAUCGAGAAUCAAGCACCUACCUACUCAGCUCCUCCGCAGUGCGUGUGACAUCCCUGAAAAAAAAUGCUAAGAACAUGGUGACCAAAUCUGUAUUACUUAGUGGGCACAAUGUGAAGUAGGAAAUGGCACUGUGA